AUGAACCGAUUAUUUGGAAUGGGCUCGUCCAAGACGCCCAAACCGGGUCUCAACGAGGCGAUUGCAUCGACAGACGCCAGAAUUGCAAGUAUAGAGGUCAAGAUCAAGAAGCUCGACGGCGAGCUCGCGAGGUACAAGGAGCAGAUGAGCAAGCUGCGGCCCGGUCCAGGAAAGAACGCAGUACAACAGCGUGCUCUACAAUCCCUCAAGCAGAAAAAGAUGUACGAGGCGCAACUCAACCAACUCAUGCAGCAGACAUUUAACAUGGAGAGCACCGCUCUCGCGACUGAGAACUUACGGAAUACAAUGGCUACAUUCGACGCUAUGAAGGUGGCGAACAAGGAGCUCAAGAAGCAGUAUGGGAAGAUCGACAUUGACAAGAUCGAGAAUAUGCACUACGAUAUGGAGGAACUUCUUGAGCAAGCGAACGAGAUCCAGGAGACGUUGGGACGAUCAUACGCGGUGCCAGAUGAGUUGGACGAGGCAGAUCUCGAGGCUGAGCUUGAUGCGCUCGCGUUGGAGGAGGAGGAAGCUCCAUCCUAUCUCGCCGAUCUCAACAAAUCGCCAGACUUUAUUGACGAGGCUCCAGACGAGCUUGCGGAGCUUUCCUCUCCUCAAACGCACGAGGCUGUCAAGACGACGGCAUAG